GAGUCGGGCCGAGCGCAGACGGAUCGCGGGGUGAGCCGUCGCUCGGCAUACGUCGAACUAGGUGCCCCGCGUUGGGGCGUCUCCUGCCAUCGAGCAUCGGUGUCGUGCAGUCGAUCGGGGGACGACCACCGCCUUCUUCGAAGUCACUGUUAGUUCCAGAUCGUAUCGGACUGGAUUGGAACGGAACGGAACGGUGCCGCCUGUUCACCCGUUAAUUCCCCAUCGGUGUGUCAGCGCAGACACGGCGACGACGAUGAGACUACGACGAUGGUACUCGUGGUAGCGCGGCCACAGUGCGUCGUGGCCAGUGCGGGCGUCGGCAUCGUCGUCGGUUGUGCACGCGAUCGGACGAACAAGGAGAUGGUGUCCCCGGAUCGUUCGGAGGAAAGUGACUUGGUUGCUAACGCUACUACUGUCAGUGCCGCGUCCGCGUACAACGUCCUCGACGUCGUCGUAGCCGCUGCCAUCGUCACCGCCGCCGCCACCACCAGCGUCGUCCUCGCCACCGCCACCGCUGCCGUUACUAUCGCUGCCGUCGUUACCGCUACCGCCACCGUCAACGCUGCCGUAUCCACCAUCGCCAGUCUCGCCACUGCCAAUACCGUCGUUUUUGACGCCACGAGCACGAUUGCUCUUGCUGCCAACCAGGCUUCCAGCGCGACUCUUCGGACGGUCUAACCACCCCUAUGUCCCAAAUGGUUCACUUAGUGUAUACCGCCGUCUUAUAGUGAGUCGAAAACAAUUCACGAUCAAAGGAAGGACGUGGCUCUUCGGUACUCGCGAUACGUCAGUGAUUGUAUCGCGGUGGAAAUCCCACUGAUUCCUACGUUUACGUCCGUAUCGUUCGCGUUUUACCUCUUCUACCCUUUGAUCACGUGGUCGAGACGUUGAUCGACCUGUUAGAGAAACGGCGAUUGUCUCUGCCAAAUUGCAGGAAUCCCGAGUGGCGAGUGGUCUCGCGACUCGAAAUCGAGACACGAGAAACGUCGUGGCGUGAUAAUAUCAUCGUCGAGCACGAUGGCUUGCGAAUUCUCUAAGUAUUCCUCGGAUAUGCAGCAUCGGGUGGUCUUUAGUCAACACAGCCGAGGAAGACGUUGAAGGGGAGGAUGAUGUCGAUGUUGUAUAAAUUCUUCUCUCUGUGUCUGUGUCCUGGCGUGUAGCUCAAACGAUGGCCGAUUCACGCGGCUUCAAGCCAAUAAACCAGUUGUGGCAGAGCGCGGCAGUGUCGACGGACCCGGAUUCGGAGUGCCUCUACGAAGAAAUCUCGGGCCUUUCGGGGUCCCAGGAUACGGAACCAGGGCCGGCUGGUGCCGCCGUCGGGGAGGAGGAGGAGGAGGAGGAGGAAGAGGAGGAGGAGGAGGAGGAGGAAAGAGGAAGGCUCGAUUUUGGUGCACAGGUCGGCGGUAGCAGCUGGUGGAGGCAAAGCAAAGGAAGCGAAAGAAUCGCCGCCAGCAGCAACGCCGGCACGGCCGGACGUAAAAGUAGCAAAAGUGUUGGAACUAGCGCGAGAUCGCGCAGCAGAUCGGCCGAUCGGCCAUCGAGCGGACGUCAGGACAUCAUCAGGGUGGAGGAGGAGCAGUAUGCCUCACGAAGAAGUUACGUGGAGCCCGGUACAGGCGCCGUACUGCCGCCUCCUGUUACCGGUCUCAAGCUGACCAGGGGGCGUCCGACCAGCACCGUCGCCCGAUAUUUGCACUCGGCCUCUACCAACACCGGUCACUAUCACCAUCAUCAUCACGGGUCGCACGGACAGUAUCCACCCGGCAAUAUCGGUAGGCCGACGACUAGGCGACAUCAACAUCAUCACUCAAGUCGCGGCACGUUCAGUAAUGAGACGCAGGAAGAGGUACAGGAGGACGAUGAAGCCACUCUACGGGAGUUGCUUGUAAGUCUGCAGAAACAGGUCAGCGUUAUGAGUAUGAACUUGAGUGCCAAGCUGGACGAGCUGCAGCGGGGUGACCGCCAGCUGGAGACCACCGUCGCCCUCUGCGAGAUCCGCACGCAGCUGCAGGAACUCACCAAGAGCGUAGAGUCUUGCCAGAGCGAGGUCAGCGAGGUCAAACGGGACAUGGUCGCGAUCAAGCACGAACUAGAUACGGUACAGCAGGUGAAAGAAGAAAUAGAGGAAUUACGAGAAUACGUGGAUCGACUAGAAGAACAUUCUCAUCGACGGAAACUUAGGCUUUUGGAGCAGGGGCUAACACUUUUCCUGUCGUAUGCAAUACUGGCAGCAGUUUUAGGAAUGUUGCAGUUUGGAUACAAUACUGGAGUUAUUAAUGCGCCGGAAGUGAAUAUUGAAAAUUUUAUGAAAGACGUGUACAAGGAUAGGUAUGGGGAGGAUAUUUCAGACGAUUCCGUGAAGAAAUUAUAUUCCGUGGCCGUAAGCAUAUUUGCGAUUGGUGGUAUGCUAGGUGGUUUUAGCGGAGGGAUAAUUGCCAACAGAUUUGGCAGAAAGGGGGGCUUACUGCUAAACAACGUGCUGGGCAUCGUGGGGGCGUGCCUGAUGGGUUGUACAAAGAUUGCUCACUCGUACGAAAUGUUAUUCUUUGGACGGUUCAUCAUCGGUGUCAAUUGUGGCUUAAACACCUCGCUGGUUCCCAUGUACAUAUCGGAGAUAGCACCACUGAACCUGAGAGGCGGCCUAGGCACGGUGAACCAGCUCGCUGUUACGGUGGGCCUCCUGGUCUCCCAGGUGCUGGGCAUCGAGCAAAUCCUUGGAACAAACGAGGGUUGGCCUGUUCUCUUAGGGCUAGCUAUCUGCCCUGCCAUUCUACAGUUAUUGCUGCUUCCAGUUUGUCCCGAAUCUCCAAGAUAUUUGCUCAUUACCAAACAGUGGGAGGAAGAGGCCCGUAAAGCUUUGAGAAGGUUGAGAGCCAGUAACCAAGUAGAAGAGGAUAUCGAGGAAAUGAGAGCCGAAGAACGAGCUCAACAAGCUGAGUCUAGAAUAUCGAUGACAGAGCUCAUAUGUAGCCCGACUUUGAGAGCGCCUCUCGUUAUAGGUGUGGUCAUGCAACUUUCCCAACAGCUUUCAGGCAUUAACGCUGUGUUUUACUAUUCGACAAAUUUGUUCACUAGUUCUGGUUUGACAGAGGAGAGUGCCAAGUUUGCAACCAUUGGCAUAGGUGCCAUUAUGGUUCUAAUGACGUUAGGAUCCAUCCCGCUUAUGGAUAGGACAGGAAGGCGUACACUGCACUUAUACGGUCUUGGUGGCAUGUUUAUCUUUUCAAUAUUCAUCACAAUUUCUUUUCUCAUAAAGGAGUUUUUCGGUUAUGUGCAGGAAAUGAUUGACUGGAUGUCUUAUCUGUCGGUCGUGUCGACGCUCAGUUUCGUGGUAUUCUUUGCUGUCGGGCCUGGCUCCAUCCCGUGGAUGAUCACAGCUGAACUAUUCUCGCAAGGUCCUAGACCUGCUGCCAUGUCUAUCGCGGUUCUUGUCAAUUGGAUGGCUAAUUUUUUGGUUGGCAUCGGUUUUCCAAGUAUGAAGACUAGCCUUGAAAACUACACGUUCCUACCAUUCAGUGCAUUCCUAGCCAUCUUCUGGAUCUUCACAUACAAGAAGGUACCUGAGACCAAGAAUAAAACGUUCGAAGAAAUUCUAGCUUUAUUCAGGCAUGGUAACGACAGGAGCAGCUUGCGGGACAGCAGACUUUAUGGGAGCAUGCUAAACUGUGUGAAUGCAUUAGAGGGACACAUACCGCCAGCAGAGAGUGCAGCCCUGAUGGUGGCCGAGGAGAAGCCACAUCCUGAUUCAUUUGUGUUUGCAGCUGGAUCAGAGCGAUCUUCCGGCGCACCCGCUCAACCGGAGAGACCACCGCCCCCGCUUCCCCCGCCACGCUUUCCGAACAGCGGUGUCUGACAAUGGGAAACAGCUCCUCUUAAUAUUGGUAAUCUAGUGAUCAUGAACGCGUCAAUCCCACUGCCGCUACUGCUCACCACCAACAGUCUCACAUUGGAGAAUCAACUAUACGAAAUCAUCACGGAGAGGAGCAAGGCCUGCGCGGCUUUCUUGCGGAACAGUUUACGUCGAGCAGUGAACGCGACCACUAUCAGUUGGAGUGUCGCGGAGAAUUUCGAGAGUAACGUAUCGUGCAAUCAUGCCUGAUUCAAUGGACGAAGAGGUUGAAAAUAUGGAUCACCUGUUGAUUGUAUUCGAAUAUCGAAUAAAAUGAAGUCGAUCGCAAACGUUUAAGCGAGAAGCUCAAACGACCGAUUUAGUUCGGUCUCGAGUAUGCUCGCACGUGAGGUAACCUCUAAGAAUGAAUAUAUCUAGAUACAAGAUCGAAACGUUCUUGGUUUCGCAGAAUUUGCCAAUCGCAAUUUAUCGAACAAGAUAGAACAAUAGUAAGUGCAAAUAGGUAGUCGAGACAUCGAAAAGACUCGACGAUGAUUUGGGGAUUUUUCGAUACGAUUUUGGUAGGCGAAUCAACCGCAGCGUUCGAUAUGAGACGCAAGAAUUUUUCCCGCGUAAAACGUAGGGAAAAAAUAGACGAAGGACGAGGUAAUGAGGAUCCUCGAAAAAGAAUCUAACAAAAUGUUGCGAAAGUGAUUGUGCCUAGACAUACGUUUGAAAGAUAGAAAAUGAAAAGAAAAGAAAAUAGAAAACGCGUAAGUUGGAUCGUGAUCACUAAAAAGCAUUUGAACUUCGUGCGACAUCGAAGAAUAUAGAACAUAUAAUUGCUAGAUGCGACGAAUCGUUUAACGAAACCCCAGAGGAAAAGAAGGUGUAUAUCUAUAUAUAUACUUCACUUUUAUAUCGUUAAUUUCAUAGAUUUUAUUGAAAUUAUAUGUCAUUUUGUAUCACUGUCGUCUUUAUAAGUCAUUGCACUGUAAUAUGGUUAUGCGUUACGUGUUUGUUGAUAAAUUAAAUUCGAUAAAUUUUACGGCUGAAGUUAGGAACAAAUUUCGGAUCUGGAAUCGACCAAAUUAUUAUUCAGUCAGCAUUAAACCAAAACACGGACUCAGUCUAUCACUUUAACAGUCGCAGUGUUUAAAGACGUUAACUAAGAUAACGUUGUAUGUCGUUAUACGGUGCCUCAUAAAAACAACAUUUAUAAGUCGAUCAAUCAUUUUAUCUUAUAAAAGUACGAGGAUAUACUGGUACAAACGAACGGGUGUUGGUUAUUGCGAUACUAAGUUUUGAAUUAUGCGCAUGCGCAGUUUUAUUUCGAUAGUCAGUUGUUUUAAAACUAGACAGAUAACACCGACACGAACCUUUUUACGAGUUAAGAUUAGUAUUAAUAUAAAGCGAAAAAUGAAUUACGAAUUAAGCUUUGACUAACAAAUGUCAAAUCAUUAUGGAAUGUCAAACCCUUUCGUUUGGACUAGAAAAUAUUCUAUAAAACCUCGUACAUUUAGAAGCAUGCCUUUUCUUACUACCUUUUGUCGUUAAUAUUUUACACCGAAAUGCACUUUAUUUGAUGUCAUGCAAAUUCUUUGGGAAAAACUUCCCCUAUAUGUAUAUAGAUGUAUAUACUGUAUACUUCUAUGGUACUUACCAUGUCGUUGCAUAAGAACAUGUAUGAUAAUCCUAUACUAUUCGAUAUAGUAUAUUUAAUGCCCUAUUCAAAAUAGCGUUACACAAAAAUUAAUUACAUCGUUCGAGCGAUAUAUUUAUUCGAUGCCGAUACACACAAACAUUUCAACCGAUCGCUUUAAUCGAACUGAGAUGAACAUUGACCGGAUGCACUGUAUAAUGUUUCAAGCGCCAUCUUUUUGUUGGAGAACAAACAACGUUUAAAAUUUCAUUCACUCAAAGAUUAUAUUGGACAUUAGAUAUAUCUCAUACAAUAACAUAAAAUGAUAUGAUUUUCACAGAGAAAUUAAAGCAUUAUUUUAAACUGUUACAGCUUUUUAUUUAUUUUCAUGAUUAUGCGUAACAUCAAUUGGAAAGUGUAAACAGGUCGGAUUACUUUUAGUUCUUACACACAAAUUAGGUUCAGAGAUAGAGUAAUAAGCACCAAAGAAACACUGACACCAUCGGUAAAUUCUCUUUCGCGCUAGCUUAUAAAUAAAUUAAACAAUCUCUCAAAUCGGUUUGCUAUUUAAGUAUCGCGUUAUAAUCGCGAUACAGUACCUAGAGUAGAAUGAAAAAUGAAUAAAUAAAUAAAUAACAUCGUGUGCAGUAAAUCGUAUGCUAUAAUUUAAUGAAAAAAAAAA